UGCUGUUGUGUUGUAUUGAUUGAAGUUUGGUGGAUCCAUUUUUGUCGGCAAAUUUUAAAGAGCUUGUAAUGCAUAUAAUAUGUGCUGAUUCUGCGUGUUAACCUUACAUGCUCAACAAAAACAUCAUGUAUAUGUGACCGAUAGCUCGUUUUGUUAUGAAGUGAAGUAAAAUAAAUAUAAUAUAAUGGCACGUUUCCUGUCUAAAGAUAAAUUGGAAGGAUUUGAGAAAUACAAGUACAAUUCAAUCGAUACUAGUGUCCUCAGCCAAUAUGUUAUGCAUCCUUUCUGGGAUUGGUGUGUCCAGUUUUGUCCAAUGUGGGUUGCACCGAAUCUCCUAACAUUUGGUGGAUUCCUCUUGACUGUAUUUAAUUUCCUGCUCUUCACCUACUAUGAUUAUGGAUUCCACGCUCUAACUGAGGACAAUGUGACAAACGACCAUAUACCAAGUUGGGUGUGGGCUGUGUCGUCUGUUAAUCUAUUUGUGGCUUACACUUUAGAUGGUAUAGACGGCAAGCAGGCCCGCCGCACCGGUAGCAGUGGUCCCCUCGGCGAGCUGUUUGACCAUGGACUUGACUCUUAUUCCGCCGUACUUAUACCCACGUGUCUCUACAGCAUAUUCGGAAGGGACGAGCUGAGCCCGAAGCGAUUUUUCUUCGUGAUUUGGAACAUAUUUAUAAACUUCUACCUGACUCACUGGGAGAAAUACAACACGGGUGUUAUGUUUCUGCCGUGGGGAUACGACUUCACUAUGAUUGGUUCCUGCAUCCUCCUACUUGUGACAUCAGUGAUAGGUCCACACGCUUGGCACGCGAGUUUGCCUGGAGGCUUAACACCCGGUAUAGUGUUCGAGUUCACACUGUACCUCUCCGCUGCACUAACCAGCCAGACUGUUAUACUGUGGAACAUUUAUAAAUCUUACCGAGAUAAGACUGGUAAAAUGCGGUCGUUCUGCGAAGCAAUAAGACCGCUCAUUCCUCUGUUUUUGUUCUUCAUGUUAAGCACUAUUUGGGUGCUCUACUCGCCAACGGAUAUUAUCAAUAGAGGACCGAGGCUCUUCUUUGUUCUAACCGGCACAAUUUUCUCAAAUAUAAACUGUCGUUUAAUCGUGUCCCAAAUGAGCGAUACCCGUUGCGAGGCACUGAACGGAUUGCUGGUGCCGUACGCGCUGGUGCUGGGCGCGGUGCUGUACUGGCGCGUGUCGCCCAUGUCCGAGCUGAUGCUGCUCACCGUGCUGUGCCUCGCGUGCUCCCUGGCGCAUAUAUACUACGGCACUAAAGUGGUGAGUGGCACUCGGUGCGGGCUGCUGGUGCUGUACUGGCGCGUGUCGCCCAUGUCCGAGCUGAUGCUGCUCACCGUGCUGUGCCUCGCGUGCUCCCUGGCGCAUAUAUACUACGGCACUAAAGUGGUGAGUGGCACUCGGUGCGGGCUGCUGGUGCUGUACUGGCGCGUGUCGCCCAUGUCCGAGCUGAUGCUGCUCACCGUGCUGUGCCUCGCGUGCUCCCUGGCGCAUAUAUACUACGGCACUAAAGUGGUGAGUGGCACUCGGUGCGGGCUGCUGGUGCUGUACUGGCGCGUGUCGCCCAUGUCCGAGCUGAUGCUGCUCACCGUGCUGUGCCUCGCGUGCUCCCUGGCGCAUAUAUACUACGGCACUAAAGUGGUGAGUGGCACUCGGUGCGGGCUGCUGGUGCUGUACUGGCGCGUGUCGCCCAUGUCCGAGCUGAUGCUGCUCACCGUGCUGUGCCUCGCGUGCUCCCUGGCGCAUAUAUACUACGGCACUAAAGUGGUGAGUGGCACUCGGUGCGGGCUGCUGGUGCUGUACUGGCGCGUGUCGCCCAUGUCCGAGCUGAUGCUGCUCACCGUGCUGUGCCUCGCGUGCUCCCUGGCGCAUAUAUACUACGGCACUAAAGUGGUGAGUGGCACUCGGUGCGGGCUGCUGGUGCUGUACUGGCGCGUGUCGCCCAUGUCCGAGCUGAUGCUGCUCACCGUGCUGUGCCUCGCGUGCUCCCUGGCGCAUAUAUACUACGGCACUAAAGUGGUGAGUGGCACUUGGUGCGGGCUGCUGGUGCUGUACUGGCGCGUGUCGCCCAUGUCCGAGCUGAUGCUGCUCACCGUGCUGUGCCUCGCGUGCUCCCUGGCGCAUAUAUACUACGGCACUAAAGUGGUGAGUGGCACUCGGUGCGGGCUGCUGGUGCUGUACUGGCGCGUGUCGCCCAUGUCCGAGCUGAUGCUGCUCACCGUGCUGUGCCUCGCGUGCUCCCUGGCGCAUAUAUACUACGGCACUAAAGUGGUGAGUGGCACUCGGUGCGGGCUGCUGGUGCUGUACUGGCGCGUGUCGCCCAUGUCCGAGCUGAUGCUGCUCACCGUGCUGUGCCUCGCGUGCUCCCUGGCGCAUAUAUACUACGGCACUAAAGUGGUGAGUGGCACUCGGUGCGGGCUGCUGGUGCUGUACUGGCGCGUGUCGCCCAUGUCCGAGCUGAUGCUGCUCACCGUGCUGUGCCUCGCGUGCUCCCUGGCGCAUAUAUACUACGGCACUAAAGUGGUGAGUGGCACUCGGUGCGGGCUGCUGGUGCUGUACUGGCGCGUGUCGCCCAUGUCCGAGCUGAUGCUGCUCACCGUGCUGUGCCUCGCGUGCUCCCUGGCGCAUAUAUACUACGGCACUAAAGUGGUGAGUGGCACUCGGUGCGGGCUGCUGGUGCUGUACUGGCGCGUGUCGCCCAUGUCCGAGCUGAUGCUGCUCACCGUGCUGUGCCUCGCGUGCUCCCUGGCGCAUAUAUACUACGGCACUAAAGUGGUGAGUGGCACUCGGUGCGGGCUGCUGGUGCUGUACUGGCGCGUGUCGCCCAUGUCCGAGCUGAUGCUGCUCACCGUGCUGUGCCUCGCGUGCUCCCUGGCGCAUAUAUACUACGGCACUAAAGUGGUACAAGAGAUGUGCGAACACUUCAAAAUCUCAUGUUUCCACAUAAAACCAAAGAUAAAAUAAAAAAAUAUUACAUGUUUAAGUUAGCAAUAUAUCUGGUCGUAGUUAUAUUUUAUUGUAGGCAAAUUUUGAGAUCUGAUUUUUGAUCUUAUAUUUUUUGAUGUCCAUACUAAUUGUACUCUUUUAGUCGACACGGAUGGUUCAUCUAUUCCUAUAUUGUUAUAUACUUGGGAAUAUUUACAAGUUCCAGUAGAAAUAUUGAUUUUAAAUCGAUUUUGGUGGUUUUUAAAUUAUAGUGUUGCCUAAUUUUAUAUCAAUACUUUUAGGUUUUUUCCAAAGAUAUUCAUAAUGAUAAUGUAUUUUAUAGGUUCAUUUAGGGAUGUCCUACACAAAUAAGUGGUAAUUAAGAUAUAUUACCUCCUUUUUAACGUAGUGGGUGUUAGUAUAGUAUAGUAAGGGUUCGCCACUAUUUAUGCCAGGUUACUUUAAACCGUAUGUCUUACCGAUAAGGUUGAUAGUGUUUUAUUUUAAUUAGUUUAAUUUAUUUUAUACGAAUGUUUGUACGAUAAUUUUCCAAAAUAUGUUUAAAAUGGUUCAUAAUGAACUCUUACAAGACUUGGCAACUAUUAUAUACUAUGGUAGAUCUUAGAAAUAGAAUUUUAAAACUUUAAUAUUCACAUUUUCACUGUCUAUAAUACUUCCAUCUCUUUUUAUAAAUUUCAGUAGUAUCUAAAUGUCUAUUGUACGUGUAAGACAAAAUAGAAUCGAUAUAAUAGUCGAUAACUGCCUGUGUAGAAAUAUAUUAAGCUGAACGACAAUGAAAGGGAGGCGUAAAACUAUGGUGGCCGGCCGGGUUAAAUCAUUGGUGCCCAAUUUAGUGGACCUCUCAUUAAUGGUUAUAUGGUGGAAGAUAGGCAUAUUUAGACCUUUUUAAAUAAAUAAAAUAACUUUGAGGCGCGAUCUCAUGAAGUUACAAGAAGCCUGAACGUUAUAGUUUAGCAACUGUAAGUGCACAUGGGUUAUGGUGUUUAUUAGCACAUUUCUAUAUAUUUUUUUUUGUUAGCAAAAAUAUGUAUAUUGUUUACAUGGCUGGCCUUUUUUUACUGAUGAACUUAUGUUUGAAUAUUGCAAAUUGCAUUGAAAGUUCCUGUCUGAAUCCAUUUUAGUGAAUAAAAAAAUGCAUUUUCUGAAUAAUAUAAAAUAUUUUUUAACUUUUGUCAUAUGACGCAUUUAAUAGUGUAAAUAGUUGAGCUUAUAUCAAGACAAUUUUUUUUCUUUCUAGAAUUUCUCAGAAGACUGUUUUCUUGACCUAUAUUUUUAUUUGAGACAAAAAAUACCCUGUAUUCAGUAACUUCGCGUUAAAAUUAUAGUAGGUUUAACAAUUUAUUCAAAACCAUUACGCGUUUAACGCAAAAGAUGAGUUCUAGUCGAAACUUGUGACUUCCAUAUUAAAUAUAUCAUAAAUUCUUAAACUGAUAAUAAUCGUGUUCGGCAUUGUUACAUUCAUUGUUUUAUUAUAUAUAAAAAAUACCAAAUAAAAAAAAAAUAGUGUAGACUACAUUUUGAAUGUAUUGAAAUUACUUACUUGGUACUCAUUAUUGGUAAUUUGUUGAUAUUAGGUAUGUAUAGUAUUGAAAAAUGAAAAUUAAUACCAUAUUAAAUGAAACAAGAAAAAUAAUGUUCUAGGUUUUGUGAUAGUCUCCAAAAGCUAAUCAAUGCUUUUUUAUUUUUUUUAUUAUUAUCAUGUUUUUGGACUACUAGUUAUCUAGUAUGUCCAAAAAAAAAUAUUUAUUGAGCAUUCUAUAGCAUAAAGCGCGUCACACACGGUGAAGAUACUAUAAUAUUUUAUGUUAAGAUUCUCUAAUAUAAAACGUUAUAGUAUCUU